UCAUUCGGAAGAAGUUUUGUUGGACCAAUGAGCCAAUCCCCUUCCUUUUCAAACCCGGCUGAAGCUUCACAUAGGGUUAACAAGAAGAUGCUCCUCCAGCUUCAGGGGUAAAGGCAAACAAGGCGAGACAGCCCCAGAGACAAAGAAAUCGGGAGGCGGCAGCAGUGAACUAAGGGAAGUGGCUGCUUCCUUGUGACCCGGUGAAGGGGAAAGUGGAAACAUUCAGGCCAGCUGAGGAGCAAACAAGGCAGCGCUCAGCCCAGCCAGAUGUGGAUCUGAGCAGAUGUUACUGCAGCCGUAACUGAAGCACCCUUUGGUUGUUCUCUUACAGCUUUCCUCCUCCUCAGCUGCAUCCGUUUUCUUUCUUCUCGUUUGGGUUUUUCCUUCCGAAGAAAUCUUGUCAAUGUUCAGCAUUUGGCUGCUUCGUGGCUUACUUCUUGGAGCAAUUCCGGUGCGGAGUGUGUGGGGUGGAGGAAGCCAGCUGAGCCCGGAGAGCAGCUUGAUCUGGGGACCCGGGCUGAGAGCAGAUGUUGUCCUCCCCGCUCGCUAUUUUUAUAUUCAGGCUGUGGACACUGCGGGGCGGAGGUUCACUUCGUCUCCGGGUGAAAAUGCAUUUCAGGUGAAGAUCACUGCUCCUGAUGAACAGUUCACUCGAGUAGGAGUGCAGGUAUUAGACAGAAAAGAUGGUUCCUUCAUUGUGAGGUACAGAAUGUAUGCAAGCUACAAAAACAUCAGGAUAGAAGUUAAAACCAAAGAUAACCAUGUUGCAAAGUCCCCAUAUAUUUUAAAAGGACCUGUUUACCAUGAGAACUGUGACUGCCCUCAAGAAGAUAGCAAAGUAUGGGUGGAAGAGAUGAGCUGCUCUCAUACUAUUCCACAGAUACAGAAGGACCUAGCUAAUUUUCCCACUGUUGAUCCAGAUAAGAUUGCAAAGGAAAUUCCAGAAAGGUUUGGACAAAGACAGAGUUUGUGUCAUUAUACUAUAAAAGAUAAUAAGGUCUAUAUAAAGACAUAUGGAGAGCAUGUAGGCUUCAGGAUUUUCAUGGAUGCCAUACUACUAUCUUUGACUAGAAAAGUGACUAUGCCAGAUGUAGAGUUUUUUGUCAAUUUAGGGGAUUGGCCUUUGGAGAAGAAAAAAACUACACAGAACCUUCAUCCUAUCUUCUCCUGGUGUGGAUCUACUGAAUCAAAAGACAUUGUGAUGCCAACCUAUGAUCUGACAGACUCCGUUUUAGAAACUAUGGGCAGAGUUAGCUUGGAUAUGAUGUCUGUCCAGGCCAACACUGGGCCACCUUGGGAAGAGAAGAACAGCACAGCAUUUUGGAGAGGACGUGACAGCCGAAAAGAGAGGCUUGAACUUGUAAAGCUCAGUAGAAGAUACCCAGAUAUCAUAGAUGCUGCUCUUACAAAUUUUUUCUUUUUUAAGCAUGAUGAAAGACUCUAUGGUCCCAUUGUGAAGCACAUUUCAUUUUUUGAUUUUUUUAAGUAUAAGUACCAAAUUAAUAUUGAUGGCACAGUGGCUGCAUACAGAUUGCCUUACCUACUAGCAGGAAACAGUGUGGUGCUAAAACAAGACUCCAUCUACUAUGAACAUUUUUAUAACGAGCUGCAGCCAUGGAAACAUUACAUUCCAUUCAAAAGUGACCUGAGUGAUCUACUGGAGAAACUACAGUGGGCAAAAGAUCAUGAUGAGGAGGUAAAGAAUAUUGCAGAAUCUGGACAAGAAUUUGCAAGAAAUAAUCUCAUGGGAGAUCACAUAUUCUGCUAUUAUUUCAAACUUUUCCAGGCAUAUGCUAAUUUACAAGUGAGUGAGCCAAAAAUCAGAGAUGGCAUGGAGAAGGUGCAGCAGCCUGAUGAUGACCUCUUUCCAUGUUCUUGUCACAGAAGGAAGGCCAAAGAUGAGCUCUAACACGAAGAAAUUAUAUUAUUUGUGGAACAUUUAUUUACCCUCAGAAUUCCUUCUUUAAAAAAAAAAAAGGAAAAUGUUAAUUACAAUUUCAGAGGACAAUACAAAACUUAUUGUGCAAUAGUCCACAUUAGAAAUACCUGUUUUCUUUUGUAUCAAGCAAUGUUAAUAGAAUUUGGGUUUUAAACAUUUUUACAAUUUUUUUUUAAUAAAAUCACUUUUAUUUCAAAA